AAACUGUCAAAUUAGCUCCUUAAAUUAUAGCAUUUAAAAUAUAACUUUGUUUUAUAUAACAAUUCAAACUUCUAGAAAACAGAAAGCAGUCAUGCCUCGUCCUGGGAAGAACUCUUACAGCGACCAGAAGCCUCCAUACUCCUACAUAUCACUGACAGCGAUGGCUAUCCAGAACUCAUCCGAAAAGAUGCUGCCUCUCAGUGACAUUUAUAAGUUCAUCAUGGACCGCUUUCCGUAUUAUCGAGAGAAUACCCAACGGUGGCAGAAUUCCCUGCGACACAAUCUCUCCUUUAACGACUGCUUCAUCAAGAUCCCUCGGCGGCCUGAUCAGCCCGGAAAGGGCAGCUUCUGGGCUCUGCACCCGGACUGUGGUGACAUGUUUGAAAACGGCAGCUUCCUUAGGAGACGGAAGCGCUUCAAGGUGUUGCGCGCCGAGCACAUGGCCUGCAAGAGCUCCCCGAUGAUGCACUAUUUUCACCAUCACCACCACCACCCGGGCAACAAGCUGGGCACAGCAUCCGGGCACCAUGAGCACUCAGCCGGCCCUGCAAGCGCCGUGGGUCGCCUCCCUCACUUUCAGGGUUACGGGGGCAUUACGUGCGCACAGUCCGGCGGGUUUAAACACCCAUUCGCCAUUGAGAACAUCAUAGGACGGGACUAUAAGGGUGUGAUGGCCAGCGGGCUUCCCCUCACCUCAGUCAUGCACCACCUGGGCUACCCAGUGCCCCCGCAGCUCAGCAGCGUGGUCAACUCCAUGUGGCCGCAUGUCGGGAUGCUUUCGGAGUCCAUGGGUGGCGUGCACGUACCCUCAUCAUCCGAGUACGCGCCCUUCAGCGUGUCAGCAAAGGGCCUGUACCACAAUGCCAGCGGGCAAACUCUGCCUGCCGUGCCCGUGCCAAUAAAACCCACCCCAUCCCUGGGUCCCGUGCCCAGUCUGACGGGGCUGCAGUCCGGCCCGGCACAGCUCUGCACACCGAUCUCAGUGAUGGAGAAAAGCGACCUGCUGGAGGGGAAAGGCAACCCUCUGCACCCGGCGCUCCUGCUGUCCUAACCGGGUAAAUUGCGGGUCAUUUUUGAAAAGUAACGCA